AUGGCGGCUUCUCCAAGUUCGGUAAUGAAACGAUCCGAAUCAGUAGUGGAGACCAUGCCGGAGGCCUUAAGGCAAAGCCGGUAUCAUAUGAAAAAAUGCUUCCUAAAAUAUGUAGAAAAAGGAAAGCGGAUGAUGAAACUUCACCAUUUGAUGCAAGAAAUGGAGACGGUCAUUGAGGACCAGGAUGAAAAGGCUGAGCUAUUGGAAGGUGUACUUGGUUUCAUCUUGUGCACAACUCAGGAAGCAGCAGUUGUUCCGCCUUAUAUUGCUUUUGCUAUAAGGCCGAACCCGGGAUUCUGGGAGUACGUUAAAGUUAGUGCGAACGAUCUAUCAGUUGAAGGGAUCAAUGCCACAGAUUACUUGAAGUUCAAGGAAAUGAUCGUCGACGAGAAAUGGGCUAAUGAUGCAAAUGCAUCAGAGAUAGACUUUGGAGCAAUGGACUUUAAGAUGCCUACCAUGAGUUUAUCUUCUUCAAUUGGAAAUGGAGUUCACUUCACAUCGAAGUUUAUUACUUCUAAACUUUAUGCUCAAUCUGGCUGCCAACAAUUGCUAGUUGAUUACUUGCUCUCGUUAAAUCAUCAAGGAGAAAAACUUAUGAUAAAUGACACCCUCAACACAGUUUCAAAACUUCAAGCGGCUCUAAUAGUAGCUCAUGCCUCCCUUUCGUCGUUGCCGAAUGACACCCCAUAUCAAAGCUUUGAGCUUAGAUUUAAAGAAUGGGGUUUUGAGAAGGGAUGGGGAGAUAAUGCGAAAAGGGCGUGCGAAACAGUCCGGUUUCUAUUGGAGGUUCUUCAAGCCCCCGACCCCGUAAACCUGGAGGCUUUUUUUAGCAGGGUUCCAAACAUAUUCAAUGUUGUUCUAUUCUCCAUUCAUGGAUAUUUUGGUCAAUCCAAUGUUCUUGGCUUGCCUGAUACUGGAGGCCAGGUAGUUUAUGUUUUGGAUCAAGUUGUGGCUAUGGAAGAGGAAUUGCUCCUUAGGAUUAAGCAGCAAGGACUCAGCUUCAAGCCUCAGAUUCUUGUGGUGACUAGACUUCUUCCUGAUGCCAAAGGGACUAAGUGUAACAAGGUGUUGGAACCGGUUCUCAACACAAAACAUUCUCAGAUUCUUAGAAUCCCGUUUAGGACAGAAAAAGGAGUUCUUCGUAAAUGGGUGUCUCGGUUUGAUAUCUAUCCAUACCUCGAAAAUUUUACUCAGGAUGCGAGUGCGAAAAUCAUUGAAAUGGUGGAAGGGAAACCUGAUCUUAUCAUUGGAAAUUAUACUGAUGGAAACCUGGUGGCAUCUCUCAUGGCUAACAAACUUGGAACCACAUUGGGAACGAUUGCGCAUGCUUUAGAGAAGACUAAAUACGAAGAUUCAGACAUAAAAUGGAAGCAGUUGGACCCAAAAUAUCACUUUUCCUGUCAAUUCACAGCUGAUAUGAUUGCAAUGAAUUCAGCAGAUUUUAUUAUCACUAGUACUUUCCAAGAAAUUGCUGGAAGUAAAGAUAGACCUGGGCAGUAUGAAAGCCAUGUAGCAUUUACACUUCCAGGCUUAUAUAGAGUUGUUUCAGGCAUUAAUGUGUUUGAUCCCAAAUUCAACAUUGCUUCUCCUGGGGCUGAUCAAACCGUUUAUUUCCCUUACACUGAAACGUCGAAACGAUUCACUACAUUUCAACCUGCCAUAGAGGAAUUACUCUUUAGUAAAGUUGAAAACGACGAACACAUUGGAUAUUUAGAAGACAAAAACAAACCAAUCAUCUUCUCAAUGGCAAGACUUGACACGGUGAAGAACAUCACGGGACUAACCGAAUGGUUCGGGGAGAACACGAGGCUAAGGAACUUGGUUAAUCUUGUUGUGGUCGCGGGUUUCUUCGAUCCUUCAAAAUCAAAAGAUAGAGAAGAAAUAGCAGAAAUAAAGAAAAUGCAUUUGUUGAUAGAUAAAUACCAACUCAAAGGUCAAAUAAGAUGGAUAGCAGCCCAAACUGAUAAAAGCAGGAACAGUGAGCUUUAUCGUUGCAUUGCUGACUCAAAGGGGGCAUUUGUGCAACCGGCUAUAUAUGAAGCAUUUGGUCUUACAGUAAUAGAGGCAAUGAAUUGUGGUUUACCAACUUUUGCAACCAAUCAAGGUGGUCCAGCUGAGAUCAUUGUUGAUGGUGUUUCUGGAUUCCAGAUUGAUCCUAAUUAUGGUGAUCAGUCGAGCAAUAAGAUUGCUGACUUUUUCCAUAAAUGCAAAGAGGAUCCUGGAUACUGGAACAUAAUUUCAGAAGGCGGUUUGAAGCGCAUAUACGAAUGCUACACAUGGAAGAUUUAUGCAAAUAAAGUGUUGAAUAUGGGGAACAUUUACUCGUUCUGGAAGCAGUUAAACAAGCAACAAAAAGAAGCAAAACAAAGAUACAUUGAAUUAUUCUACAAUCUACAUUACAAGAACUUGGUGAGGACUGUGCCCAUCGCUAGUGAUGAAGUUAACCGUGCACCAGUGUCAAAAGCGAAAGCGGCAACACAGUCUUUACAAAAACGCACACCAUCCACAUUGCAAAGGUUGCUUGGUGCUUAAAGGAUUGAUUGUACAAUGCACCUCGGUUCAAGAUCACGUGAAUUCAUUACCUUUAUUCUUUCAAGACCACAUGAAUUCAUAUGGAAGAAAUUUCUGUACAUGAAAUACAUAAAUUAGAGAACAUAACAUUAUGAUACUUAAAAUGCCAUUGAUAUGUCUUUGACUAUGGGAGUUAAGUUAUCUAUAAGAUGAAAAGAAAUAAGAAAUUACCAUUCUUUGUUU